CAGGUAAACUCAUUUUCGAUACAACUCGGCUUCACGGCCCUUUAAAUUCAAUUCUCUGUAUUUCGAUUGCAAUUUUCUAUGCUCUGAAAUAUACAUUUAUACUGUGGAUGAUGAAUUCGGAUUCAAUCUCCUUCAAGCCUAUGGCUGUACCCACAAGGGAGGAUGACGAAGAGCCACCCAUUUCCUCCACUUCAUUGCUUUCUUUUGACACAGAUGACUGUUCCACAUCUAUUCCCCCAAAACCACCUUUCUCUUCCUUAAUUUUAACACCUCUGAUUCUCGUCACUUGUGUAUCUCUAUCUACAGCUAUUAUCUUUGCUUACCUCUUCUUUUCACAUUCUUCUGUCUCCUCUAUUUCGCAUGUAUCACGUCCACUUCAAAAACUCAAACAUCCUGUUGUUCUUUUGAUUUCAUCCGAUGGAUUUCGCUUUGGAUAUCAGUACAAAACAGAUACCCCUAAUAUCCGUAGAUUGAUUACGAAUGGGACAGAAGCAGAACUUGGUUUAAUUCCUGUAUUCCCAACUUUGACGUUUCCUAAUCAUUAUGCCAUUGUGACUGGUUUGUAUCCUGCUUAUCAUGGUAUUAUAAACAACUAUUUCCUUGAUCCAAAUAUUAGAGAGCCUUUCACUAUGGCCAGUUAUGAUCCUAAGUGGUGGCUCGGUGAGCCACUUUGGGAGACUGUCGUAAAUCAUGGUCUUAAGGCUGCUACUUAUUUCUGGCCUGGAUCUGAGGUGAAUAAAGGAGGUUGGACUUGUCCGGAAUAUUUCUGUAAGAUCUAUAAUGGUUCUGUCCCAUUUGAAGAACGUGUUGAUACUGUUUUGAACUACUUUGAUCUGCCUAAUGAUGAGAUUCCGUCAUUUAUGACACUCUAUUUUGGAGACCCUGAUCAUCAGGGUCACAAGGUUGGGCCAGAUGAUCCUCAGAUCACUGAGGCCAUUGCUAGAGUUGAUGGGAUGAUUGGAAAGUUGAUCCAAGGUUUAGAAGAAAGAGGGGUUUUUGAGGAUGUGAACAUUAUAAUGCUUGGCGACCAUGGUAUGGUUGGCACUUGCGAUAAAAAAUUAAUCUUUCUGGAGGAUUUGGCUCGGUGGAUUAAAAUUCCAAAGGAUUGGAUACAGUCAUAUAGUCCACUGCUUUCCAUUCGUCCACCACGAAGUUAUUCUGCCAAGGAUGUCGUUACCAAGAUGAAUGAGGGAUUAAAGUCAGGGAAGGUUAAGAAUGGGCAGAAUUUGAAAGUCUAUCUAAAGGAAGAACUGCCUGAUCGGCUGCAUUAUUCUGAGAGUGAUCGAAUACCACCCAUCAUUGGAUUGAUUGAUGAAGCAUUUAAGGUCGAACAAAAGAGCUCAAAAAGGUUCGAAUGUGGUGGAUCUCAUGGUUAUGAUAAUGCAUUCUUGUCAAUGAGGUCUAUUUUCAUUGGCCAUGGUCCUAAGUUUGCUAGGGGCCGAAAAGUCUCAUCAUUUGAGAAUGUUCAGAUUUACAACAUGGUUACCACAAUCCUUAACAUACAAGGAGCAUCCAAUAAUGGAACAUCAUCAUUUCCAAAGACGAUUCUUUUACCCAGCCACUGAGAUUUAGCCAAUUAGGAAUGUAUUCUUUAUGCCACCAGAGGUGAGAUAACAUCAGGUGAUUUUGUAUGUUUCUCUUUAACAAUAAUAAAGUAUUGUUAAGUUGAUGAACUAGUGCUGAAGUUUAUGCAAUUCUGUACCUCUUGGCAUUUUUUACCUUUCCCGGUUUGCAGUCUAUUAGGUGUUGUAACUCUAUUUAGGAGCUGACUUAUUUAAAGAUUAGUA